UAUUAGCUUCAAAGCAAGUCUAGAUUUUGCAUGUUGUAAUUGUACUCUUGUAGGUUGACUGAUACAGAAGAUCUUGCAGAAGAACAGAGACACGAUACUGAAGAUGAUGCUAUGAAAAUGGAGCUGCUGGAAGAGGAGCUGAGGAGUCUGCAAAUAGAGCUAGAUGAAACAAAGGAUGCUCUGUUCAGAACCAAAAGUGAGCUUGAGGCCAGUAAAAGACUGGCCAAAGAGGAAAUGGAGAAAGUUUGUAGAGAGAUGGCUGACCUGCAAAGGUCUACAAUGGAGCAGCUUAAAGUUUCAAGAUUUGGUUUGGAGCGGUUCUCAACAGACAGUGCUUCAAUCAAAUUUUAUACUGGGUUUCCAACCUAUUCCCAUUUGAAAAUAUUCUUUGAACUUGCUAGAAGAGGGGCUGAGUUCAUGAAAUAUUGUUAUGCUUCAGGAGAAAGAGGAAGUCGACCUGCUUCAAGACAACUUCAACAGAUUGAUGAGCUGUUCCUCUUCCUUGUCCGGCUUAAGCUGGGUUUAUUUGAGCAGGAUCUAGCAGAUCGAUUCCAAAUGAAUAUCUCUUCCAUUAGUAGAAAGUUAACAACUUGGGCAAAUUACUUGUAUUUCUUCUUGGGCAGUCAGCCAAUUUGGCCAACAAGGGAAUGCAUCCAGAAGUAUAUGCCACAUGGAUUUCGUAGGAUGUAUCCAGCAACAAGAGUCAUAAUUGACUGUACAGAGAUAUUUGUACAGACACCAUCGUCUCUGCUUCUUCAGUCACAGCUCUAUUCAUCCUACAAAUCAAACACCACAAUGAAGGGGCUCAUAGGAAUAACUCCACAUGGUGCAAUUUCUUUUGUGUCAUCUCUUUACACUGGGUCAAUCUCUGAUAAAGAAAUAACAAGAUGCAGUGGAAUAUUGGAAUUGCUAGAACCAGGUGAUGCAGUGAUGGCAGAUAAAGGUUUUGAUGUGGAAGAUUUACUAAAAGAAAAAGGAGUAGUCCUUAAUAUUCCUCCCUUUUUACAAAAACAGACACAAUUUAAACCAGUUGAUGUGCAAGAAACAAAAACAAUUGCCAAACUUCGGAUACAUGUUGAGAGAGCAAUUAGAAGGAUAAAAGAAUAUCACUUUUUUGAUUCAGACAUUCCACUCUCUACAUUAGGGUCAAUUAACCAAAUGUAUACAAUUGCUUGCUUGCUAACAAACUUUCAAGGACCACUAAUACAAAAGAAAUAGAUUUUGCAGCUAAUCAUGAUCAUGACUUAAACACUGAAUAGUUGUUACAAAAAAUAAGUGAAAAAAAUAUAUCUACUUUGUCUUUUGCUUCUUGAAAGAAUUCUUUAUCAAAAAUUAUUCGGUCACAAAUAAACAAGCUGUCAUUGAUGUAGCUAAAGAAAUCACACCAUUGAAGCCCAGUGAGGCCAAGUUGACACUGAACUUGGUAGAAGUAAAUAUGGUUUCUUUUCAGACUGUAUGCUCCAGUGACUGGGUUAAGUUCAAGAUAACCAACGUUGCAAAAAUUUGUUUCUCCCUCUUUUACCACCUUUAUCUCAAGAAGACCAAAAGGAUUCUGACCAGAAUUCACAGCUGAUAAGUCAUACACUUUGCGAUCAGGGCUGCACCCAAGCCAAGGAGACUUGGUAUUUAUAAUCAGCCCUGACGGAAACAAGUUAACUGUGUUUUGCCUUAGGUUCUGGGCAUAAAUGGUAGCUGCUCGUGGUUCUAAGUCAAUGCCUCUCUUCAUAGCAGCAGUUUGAACAUAUUUACCUGAGCUUAGUUGUUUAACAAGCAUCUCAAAAUUGCCAAUUCUUUUUGCAACAAGUCCAAAUUUACUGGCUGUAAUUCUUUUUUUCCUUAAAAGAUGCCAUACAGCACUUGUGGCUUGAGAAACCGUUUUUUCAUGAAUGUCCCUCACCGUUUCCUCUAUUACAUCAAGGGAAUCCAGCAAUGCUUGCUUGUUCUUAUCAAGGCAAAGAGAA